CUCCGUCUCUCACUCCACUCCUCUGGGAUCUGCAUCCUUCUUGCUUCUUCUCACAAGUCAGAUUGUGUUUGUAAGUACAGGCUGAAUGUCUCCCUGUGUAUGCUCGGGUUUCCUUGGGUCUUUUUGUAUGGGUGAGUGACUGGUUGGCUACUUCAGUGUGACUGAGCAGAGCAGUGAGGAGUAUCAAGUGUAUGUGGGUCUCUGUCUCAUCCUCACACACUCGCCGGUCCUCUCGCAACUCUUCUCGGGGUCUCGGGAUCCCUUUCGACGGUGACAGGCUCCCCACACCAAGCAGUCACCAUUUCCGCCCCCGGGAGACCCACGCUGGCAGCUCAGCCCCUUCCCCGACUCAGCAUCGGGAGGAAGACCCUGGUGGCGGCUGCCGUAGGGGUUAUGCUGGUCCUGGUGCUGGUGGUCCUCAUCCCUGUGCUCGUCAGCUCUGUGGGUACAGACGCCAGCCACUAUGAGAUGCUUGGCACCUGUCGUAUGGUGUGCGACCCCUACCUGAACAAGGGCACGCCGGCCAGCAGCACCAGCUCCACCGGUCUCCAGGCUGAGGCGGAGGCGCUGAGCGACCACAGCAAUGUGCUUCCACCUUCCACCUUACUGCAGGGCCCACAGGGGAAGCCUGGCAGGCCAGGCAAGCCCGGACCACCCGGAGCACCGGGAGAACCGGGGCCACCGGGACCAGCGGGGCCUCCUGGCGACAGAGGGGAUCAGGGAAGGACUGGGAUUUUGGGUUUGGGGGGGAACGGAGCUAUCAGCACAGCCACCUACAGCACGGUGCCCAGGGUGGCCUUCUACGCAGGGCUUAAGAACCCCCACGAAGGCUACGAGAUCCUCAAGUUUGACGACGUGGUCACCAACCUGGGCAACAACUAUGAUGGCAUUUCGGGCAAGUUCAUCUGCAGCAUACCGGGUACCUACUUCUUCAUCUACCAUGUGCUGAUGAGAGGAGGCGAUGGCACCAGCAUGUGGGCAGACCUCUGCAAGAAUGGACAGGUUCGUGCCAGCGCCAUCGCCCAAGACGCCGACCAGAACUAUGACUACGCCUCCAACAGCGUCAUACUCCAUCUGGACGCAGGGGACGAGGUUUACAUCAAACUGGACGGAGGCAAAGCCCACGGAGGAAACAACAACAAGUACAGCACCUUCUCUGGCUUCAUCCUCUACGCAGACUGAGAACAGACAGACACAAGAGACAGUCAGACAGACAGGAACAGGAAGAGAUUGAGCGAAAGAGUUGGGGGGUUGGGGGGUGAGUGUGUGUUAAAAGCUGGAAUGCUUUCUAGUUUUCCUAAUUCUCUCCAUCAUCACGGACACCUCUGCUUCGUAUUCAUCAGCCAAGACAUCCAGGCUCUGUAGCCGAGCCUGGAUGCAAAGCUCCUGAGGACACACUGAGGGGGGCCGGGCGGGAGGAGUGGGACGUGGGGUGGAGGUGGAGGCGGGCUGGUUUUUUUCUACACUCCUCACCACAAUGUGUCAGAAGCUCCUCGCUUUCAGUGUCUCUCCUCUUCAGCCCUGCUCCAUUGCACAGAAAUAUCAACAACAAAAAUGAAAACCCUGCAAAAGUGGAUGACCUCACCUCUUCUCUCCACGGCGGCAAACAGUCGGCUGUGCCGUCAGUGGACUCGAUUGACUGAAACUCGUAGUGUUGUUCCGUGCAAUUUUACCUUAGAGUGUUUUUAUUUUGUAGACAUGCAUAAUAUUCUACACAGAUGAGAUUUAAAAAAAAAAAAAAGAAUAUAUUUGUCCCUUGUGAAGAUAUCCUGUUUGACUGAGAGAUCGGAUUUGUGAGAUGUUAUUUGUGAUGCAGCGCAGACAUCUAACAGCUGGAAAAGAAAUCUUUACGACUGCUAGUAUUUCAUGGCAGUGGGUGUUUUUCUUCAUCGCUGGGUACAGCAAGGUAACUAUAUAAUGUUCAUGUGGAGAAUAAUAAUACAUUCUGCACUGUACCUUCUGAAAAUGAAACAUCUCAUAUAGACCACGAACCACCUCACACUGUUGGCGCACACACAACGAUGUCCCGCUGCUGUUCGGAUUCAAAGUUCAAAUUGUCUCCUCGAUGUUCUAGUUUUAUGCAGACGCUCUACUCGGCACCACCAGCCAUGCGCUGAAGCAAACAUCUUCAGAUUCAAGAGGUAACCUAGUUGAAAAGUUUCUUCUUCUUUGCUGUGCUGACCUCCGAGCCUUCUUAGGCUGUAAAAAAAAAAAGUGGCUUCUGAAGUGGAGGACGAGGGGGGGAGAAAGUCACAAAGAUGGAGAGAGAAGUGAGUGAGAUUGUGGGGAGGCGGAGGGGGCGUUCAAGCACAGUAACAGUGAGUGGGCGACUUUUUCUGUUUCAGUGUCUCUGAGCUUCACUGGAUGUCAUCCAUUCAUUAGCUGCAUACUCACUGACACACAGGCAUUAUGGUAAUAUUUACUCAACAUGGCGGCCUGACAGCUUGCUUGAGAAUGAAAUUGAUUGGGUGAGUGACUUGGGUCAAUCAUGACUGCACGUUUGUGUGUACGUGUGCACGUGUGAGUGUGUCUGUGCAUACCAGUGAGUGUCUGCAUUUUAGCAUGUUGCCGUGCCAUCGUUCUUUUCCAGAGUUAUUCUGUGCUACAGCCAAUGACGGAUAUUUUCCUCAGCAGCCAAUGAGAUUGUGCUCUGUAGGGUGGGGAGCCUCUAUACAGUAGAUAUGAUGAGAAGAACAAACAGCUUGUAAAUGAAAUCUAUGACAUGUUUGUCUAUCUUAUCUUUUGGAAUUGUUGAAUACAUUUAAAUAAUAAAUGGGAUUUUUUGAGUGA